AUGGCCGAAGCGAUGGAAGCGAUGGAAACCGAUCCACAGUUGACCCACGAGUUGAGUGCGGAACUGAUGACUGAGUUGUCACGUGUCUACCGAUACAUCCGCUUCGGCACAGAGACCUCAGCGGUGGACAGUUGUCGACACCUGUCGGUCAACAGUCUGGUCCGUAUGGACGCCGAUCGUCACCGACUGGAAGUACCGAAGAAGAAGUUGUCGUUGAAGAGCGUUGAAAACGUAUGGAAGCGUUUCGCCGACGCCGACAACAGCGACGACAAUCAACGGCUGGCGAAGAGUGUCUGCGAACGGAUCCAACAGAUGGUCGACGAGUACGGCCGCCAAUCGGGACAACAAUACGCGCAUCGCUUACCACUGCUGAUGGUGUCGCUGUUCGCGUGCCAGAAGUCGGCUACUGUUCAGUCGCCGUUUCGGGCGUUGGCCGUCAGUCUCUUUGAUCAACAGUAUGUCCACCCGUUGGAUGUCCUGCUGUUCGCCGCUAUGAUUGGUUUCAAGCGAUUGAAUUCAAACAAUCAGUUGCGCCACUGUUUCCGACUCUACUAUCGACGGCCCGUCACCGACAAAGACAUCGAAUUGAAUUUGACAUUUGGCCGCAAAUUCGAGUGGUCACAACGGGAUAUAAUUAGAUUAUGUCACCCGAAGAUCACUCCAAUGACCGAAGCGCUCAUGAAGUAUAAGAACAAGAAGUUUGCUGUUCGUAAAGACGGCGACAGAAAGCGUAAGUCAGCGCCCGAUACAAAAGCGGAUCCAACGACCCCCACCUCUGACUCCGUCCAGACGUCGCCCAAACGCUUCAAGUGUGAGUCGGGCGGUGCCGGAGACACAGCACCGGAGCCGAGCGCACCGACUGAUGGCCCCAAUGUGGCCGCAAUCGAGACUCGUAUUCAGGCAUUUCGGUCGGCGAAGGCGACCAAAGUGUACGAUAUAAUGCCCGCAUUGGACGCAACACUACUCGAUCCAAGCGAUUGGUUUCAGGCGUUGAACACCGUUUGGUCCAAUGAACCGCUCGUUUGGCAUAAACUGAUUGGACGUUUGGCACACGUGGCCGACGGCGACUCACUGUUAAGACUCGUUCCGGUAGUGUUCAGCCGAUUCCCGAACAACGAUCGCCUGUUCCGCGAAUUGGUGACCGCUUUGCGCCGAAAUGGACACAAAUGUAGCGCCAAUUUUGUCAAACAUUUGGUGUUGUUUUACUGCGAGAAGAAUGUGUUGAAUUUAACGACACAAUUGCUGCCAGAAUUGGCUAAAGACGUGUUGAAACUGUCGAUUCCGUAUCGAUUGGACGAACCGAUUCUCAUAGUCUUUGACAAGGGUUUGGAUUUGAAAGAGAAAUACCUGUCAAACCUGUCGGACAAGCAUCGACUCAAACAGGAUCUCAUGGAGUCCAUGGCAGUCAAUGACUUCGUAUGGAUUUUGUUGCAAUCGUUCCGCUGUUUUGCGUCCAUCGAUGGCCGCAUCGAAAGCUUGCAGUUUGUGGACACAAACGCUAAUACUGUCGAGCGUUUCGAUCAAUUGGUCUCCCGUUUCGAUGGACUGUCCGAUGAG